CUGCUGUCUCUCUGCUUUUGCAAUUAAUAAUUUCACACCAUUUCCUUCUUCUUCCACACAAAAACACCUCAUUUGACUCUUUUUUCUAUCACUUUUAUGUCUUUCUGCUAUCAUUCUCACAACUUCAACAAAGGUGCUGAAAUCAAUGUACUUCUACUUCUACCACUCCAUCUUCACCUUAAUUUUUCCAAUUUUGAACCAUCAUUCAUAUCCUUGUUUUCUUCUAAACAACAUAGUACAUAUAACAACAUGUUCAUUCAUGUCUUACACUCUAACUCAUUUUCUUCUCAAUGUAUUAAAACUUUCACUAACUUGAAGAGUUUCAUAAACAUUUUCGUUCAUUUGACAUGAUCACUUUUUUUUUUCCACUUGAUCUUAUCUUAUAUAUUGUUAUUAUUAUUUUUUGUUUUUUUCUUUGAUUUUGAUCCUUAUCUUAUUUAAUAUUUUUGUCACUCAUUUAUUAUUGUACUAUUACAAAUUUGUUGUUUUCUUUUUCUUGUUAGUUAGUAUGAUCAUUACGUAACAUAUACUUGAUUGAUCUUACAAAUGCUCUUUGUCUCACACCUCUUUCAUUCUCAGUUCAUCAUAUCAUAUCACAACUUUUCUGUCUUUUUUCUUCUUUUGAUUUUUUCACUUUCUCUCUUCUUUAAAAAAGUUUUCAUUUGAUAUUGGAUUCCAUAAAGAUCUAUAGUUUUAUGUUCUGACUUUGUUUUCUUCAAUGUUUUACUGCACAGUUACCGGAUUUGAUUUAAUUUAAUUAACUCAAACUCUUGAUUUCGAUGAGGUCAAUGUGAAUUCUAGGGAAAGACAAAUAAUCAGACAAAUUUUUAGUAUAUUCUAUUUCAUGUUCACAUGUUAAGAUUUUUAUAUUUCAUAUAAUUGAGUCUUUUAUUAUCUUGUAUUAUUAGUUUACAUUUUAACAAAGGCUUGAUUCUUGCAGAUCAUAUAUAUUAAAUAUUAAAUUCAUCUGUCUUUUUCUUGUUCAGCCGGUUUCGUUAUCCAUUUAUAUAGCAUCCGGCAAAUUGCGCAUUUGACCGACUAAAAAAGAUGCUAGUAGUUUCCAACAGCAACAAGGUGGUGUGAAUUGUCUAAUAGUUUUUGUAGUGAGAGGAUCUUUGCAAAUUUGGAAUCAGGAUUGUUUACUCAAUUGACUAAACUUGGAAUCUCAGAGUUUCAACUGAGAUCUAUAGUACAAAAUAUAAGGAAGAAGAUAGCAUGAUAUUCAUCUAGUGUGUUCUUAUUCAUUCUGGAACUGAGAAAAUGGGGUGCUGUUUAUCGACAAGUAGUAGAAGUACUGAUGACGCGGGGUCUUCGUCUUGUCUAGAAAUCGGAUUGUGUGGUCAAAAGAAAGGGAGGAGAACAUUCUCUGAUCAUGUUGUCUCUUUGCAAAAGUUAACUUCCUUACCAAACAGAAUAUUCAGUAACGGGAAGAGCCGGUCUUCUUGUAUAUUUACGCAGCAAGGUCGAAAGGGUGUUAAUCAGGAUGCCAUGAUUGUAUGGGAAGAUUUCGUAUCAGAAGAUGCGAUCUUUUGUGGUGUAUUUGAUGGCCAUGGUCCGUAUGGUCACCUUGUCGCGCGCAAAGUUAGGGAUGCCUUACCGAUAAAAUUGCUUUCAUUUUUGGAUUCAUCUGAGUCAAGACGAAGUAAAGCUAGUUUCAAAAAGGAAAUAAAGCCGGAAAGUGGAGAGGCGGAGAACGAUUUCUCUGCUGAGGAGGAGAUGAGUACUAUGUGGAGAGAAGCUUUCAUGAAGGCAUACAAAGCUAUGGAUAAAGAGCUGAAGUCCCAUGCAAAUUUGGAUUGUUUCUGUAGUGGAAGUACAUCUGUGACUAUAGUGAAACAGGGUUCAAAUUUGUUCAUGGGAAAUAUUGGUGAUUCAAGAGCAAUCAUGGGAUCUAAGGAUAGCAAUGACUCGAUGGUGGCGAUUCAGCUGACCGUUGAUUUGAAACCUGAUUUGCCAAGAGAAGCAGAAAGAAUUAAGAAGUGCAAAGGUAGGGUAUUUGCAUUGGAAGAUGAACCAGAAGUUCCUAGGGUGUGGUUACCUUAUGAUGAUGCACCAGGAUUAGCAAUGGCUAGAGCAUUCGGAGAUUUUUGCUUGAAGGAGUAUGGUGUCAUUUCUAUACCUGAAUUUACGCACCGGCUUCUCACAGACAAAGACCAGUUCAUUGUUCUUGCCUCGGACGGGAUCUGGGAUGUUUUGAGCAAUGAAGAGGUGGUGGAGAUAGUAUCAUCAGCACCGAAUCGAUCAUCAGCAGCGAGGGUUAUAGUGGAAUCUGCCGCACGAGAGUGGAAACAUAAAUAUCCGACUUCAAAAAUGGACGACUGUGCUGUUGUGUGCCUAUUUUUGGAUGGGAAAAUCAACUCAGAAGAAUCUGAUUGUGAUGAACAAUGCUAUUCUUCCGCCACCAUCCAGAAUAACAACGAUUUGAGUAAUCCAGUUGAGUUGGACGAAGGUCAAAAGUCCGAGCCAUCUUUGCGAAGGAACUACACUGUUAGAUCCUCAGAAGAAAUUGAGAAAUGUGUAGGAGGAGAAUCUGUUGAUGUUGAAGAUGGAACAUCAACAGCUGAAGAUCAAAACUGGUUAGCUCUAGAAGGUGUCACCCGAGUAAACUCACUGGUACAACUUCCUAGAUUUUCUGAAGAAAAGCCUAACUCUUGAAAUCUGUUUAUUCAGUUCGAACUCUUUGUUGUAAUGCCUAUAUCAACACAAUGAAUUCAUGAAGGAUUAUUUUUUUAUUUGGUUAAUUACUUGUAGUAAACGACGAUUAAUUAGUGUCAACGAAACAAUAAAUA